AUGUUGCAGUAUUGCGAUAACACUCUUGAAGGUGAGAUAUCAAACGAUAUGCACUCCGAUAUAUUGUUAUAUUCGGAAAUUGAUCCGCAUGAUACGAUUGAAGAAUUUCCGGGAACCUAUUCUUUAAUAACGAUACCACUAGAACCAACAGCAGAGGAAGAAGCUUUUCAAACAUAUUCCGAAUCGCAACCAAUGCUACCAAGUCCAUUGCAACAGCAAUCACAACCAACUGAUUUUACAUCGAUUCCGCAUUCUACUGAAUCAACAUCGAUUCAGAUUAUGCAAUAUUGCGAUAACACUCUUGAAAGUGAGAUAUCAAAUGGUGUGCACGCCAAUAUAUCGUUAUAUUCGGAAAUUGAUCCGCAUGAUACGAUUGAAGAAUUUCCGGGAACCUAUUCUGUAAUAACGAUACCACUAGGACCAACAGCAGAGGAAGAAGCUUUUCAAACAUAUUCCGAAUCGCAACCAAUAUCACCAAGUCCAUUGCAACAGCAAUCACAACUAAUUGAUUUUACAUCGAUUCCAUAUCCCACUGAAUCAACAUUUGUUCAUCUGGAGCAACUUUCGAGCGGCUAUUUCAAUAACGCUCUUAGAAGUGAGAUAUUGAAUGGUAUGUACUCCGAUAUAUCAUUGAUUGAUCCACGUUGUACGAUUCAACCGCUCCUGACUACCUCUAUCUACAAUAACGGUAAGUUGUUGCCUCAUGAGAUGACGCAGCAGAUAUGUAAUUUGGUUUUAGGAAUUAUUAAAAAGUUACAUAGUAAUUACUUUCCGAAAUCAUUUCAGGAUCAUGAGAAAGUAUGUGAUCAAUCGUUUUCAAAUGCUGAAACAAGCAAUAUAACAGCGUGUGCCAUAUUAACCGGAUUUCAACCACAAUCUUCACAGCAACCAAUUCUAAAUUUUGGUGUUACGGUAAUCGGAGAUUAUUUAAUGAAUGAACAAUAUCAAGUUUUAGUAACAAAUUUGUGUAAUUAA